AUGUCGCUCCGGAAAACAUCGUGUGCUGCCUGUGUUUCAGCCAAGUGCCGCUGCGACCGCGACUUGCCGCUAUGUCGUCGUUGCAGGCAAAAGUCUCUGCCGUGCGAAUACCCAUACCCGCCUGCGGGUCAGUCGGAUUUAACAAAUCAGGAAGAGCCUAUGCCAUCAGACACGGCGUUUUCCGGGCUUGGAAAUAUAGGCAGCCUGGAUGUCACCGAGUUCCUUGACUUUGACCUCACCGAAAUAGACGGUCCUUCGGUUGCUGAUGCGUGGGAAUCUGUCGGCUCACAGAUAGCCGCUAACUUCGAGCAUUUGCCUGUGCCCGAGUCAGACGAGGCGCUGCAUUCGCUCCUCUGGCCCUUUCCAGAUGACAAUGCCACCAAUUCAGACGCACAUCGAGCAACCGACCACUCAAGACGUCACCGAAAGCAACGCCGUCGGGCCUUUCAACAAGCUAGGCAAACUAGUAUCGCACCACCGCUGCAAGGCAUAUGGCCACGUGGGUGCGAGGUCGAAACCUGGAACUUCUGCGCCAAAGAGCUCCUCUCUUUCGUCACACUGUUUGCCACGACAGCAACCAGCCCCUUCAUCCUACAACCAACUGACAACGGGCUUCACGCAUCACUCCAGAGAGCCCUUGGUGUUUGCGCCGCAUCCUGCACACUAAGAGAGCCACAAUUUGGCCAGCUCUUCGAAGCCGAGAUGCAGCAUCUCAUCAACACUUCUGUUGUUGGCGAUAUGUCCGUCGUGCCGGAGGAUGCUUACAGCCAGGCUCUCUCCGCCUUCCGGCAGAACCUUGCCCGCUUACAGGCAAUGGUGUUAUAUCAAAUCAUUGGCCUUUUUAGCACCAGCCAUGUCCAACGGCAUCGCGCCAAGCAGAAUGAGGCCUUGAUGGCGUCCUGGACGAGAGAGUUACUGCUGUGCAUACAGUUGCUGGAGCUCAAAUCGAAAGUGAAGAUGUGGAUGUUUCCGCGCUCCAACCUCAACAACCCCCAAUCCGUGAGAGAAGAGACAUCAGUGCUUUCGUCGUCGCAUGACAUGCCUCUACAAAAAGAGGAGAUUGAAAGUGCUUACAGAGCUAUCCUCGUAUCAUAUCUCGCCCGUUCUUGUACCUCCGCAACAAGGAACUAUAAUAAGGAGAUUCACACAAUGUCUUAUAACGAUUUUGCCGACCUUUGGGGCCAGCAGAAGAGCAUGCCAGGACUGGACAUUCACGAUCGUUUUAUUUUACUUUUAAUAGUAGCGUUCACAUAUACGCAUCAGGCUCGAUAG